AUGAAGGAAGUCGUCGUUAGUGAAACUCCGAAGAGGAUCAAAGGGCUGGAGUUUAGCGCUCUAAGCGCUGCCGAUAUUGUCGCCCAAUCUGAGGUGGAAGUCUCUACUAGGGAUCUCUUCGAUUUAGAGAAGGAUCGUGCUCCCAGGGCUAAUGGUGCCUUAGACCCUAAAAUGGGUGUUUCAUCCUCUAGUCUUGAAUGUACCACCUGUCACGGUAAUCUGGCGUCGUGCCAUGGUCAUUUUGGCCAUUUGAAAUUGGCCCUACCUGUUUUCCACAUUGGGUACUUUAAGGCUACUAUACAAAUACUGCAGGGUAUUUGUAAAAACUGUUCUGCAAUCCUAUUAUCAGAGACAGACAAAAGAAAAUUCUUGCAUGAAUUACGUCGUCCGGGCGUGGAUAAUUUGAGACGUAUGGGUAUUCUGAAGAAGAUUCUUGACCAAUGUAAGAAGCAGAGAAGAUGUCUGCACUGUGGUGCUCUUAACGGUGUCGUGAAAAAAGCUGCUGCUGGUGCUGGUUCAGCCGCAUUGAAAAUCAUUCAUGAUACAUUCCGUUGGGUAGGUAAAAAAUCUGCUCCAGAAAAGGAUAUUUGGGUCGGCGAAUGGAAAGAAGUCCUUACUCAUAACCCUGAACUAGAACGUUAUGUCAAACGUUGUAUGGAUGAUCUAAAUCCAUUGAAAACUUUAAAUCUUUUCAAGCAAAUCAAGUCCGCAGAUUGUGAAUUAUUAGGUAUAGAUGCCACUGUUCCCUCCGGUAGACCAGAAACCUACAUUUGGAGAUAUUUACCGGCACCUCCAGUUUGUAUUAGACCCUCUGUUAUGAUGCAAGAUUCUCCAGCUUCUAAUGAAGAUGACUUAACCGUAAAGCUGACAGAAAUAGUUUGGACUUCGUCUUUGAUCAAAGCCGGUCUUGACAAGGGUAUUUCCAUCAAUAACAUGAUGGAGCACUGGGACUAUUUACAACUAACAGUUGCUAUGUACAUCAACUCAGACUCGGUCAAUCCUGCUAUGCUCCCAGGUUCAUCCAAUGGAGGCGGGAAAGUAAAACCAAUCAGAGGGUUCUGUCAAAGACUGAAAGGUAAACAAGGUAGAUUUAGAGGUAAUUUAUCUGGUAAGCGUGUCGAUUUUUCAGGUAGAACUGUUAUAUCCCCAGAUCCAAACUUGUCUAUUGACGAAGUCGCCGUCCCAGAUCGUGUCGCAAAAGUUUUAACGUACCCAGAAAAGGUCACUAGAUAUAACAGACAUAAAUUACAGGAAUUAGUUGUAAAUGGCCCCAAUGUUCAUCCAGGUGCUAAUUACUUACUGAAAAAAAAUGAAGAUGCAAGAAGAAACCUAAGGUACGGUGAUCGUAUGAAACUGGCAAAAAAUUUACAAAUUGGUGACGUUAUUGAAAGACAUUUGGAAGACGGUGAUGUGGUUUUAUUCAAUCGUCAACCAUCUCUACAUAGACUAUCGAUUUUGUCACAUUACGCGAAGAUUCGUCCAUGGAGAACUUUUAGACUAAAUGAAUGUGUUUGCACACCUUAUAACGCAGAUUUUGAUGGUGACGAAAUGAAUUUACAUGUUCCACAAACUGAAGAGGCUCGUGCGGAGGCUAUCAAUUUGAUGGGUGUGAAAAAUAAUCUUUUGACUCCUAAAUCAGGUGAGCCUAUUAUUGCGGCCACCCAAGAUUUUAUUACCGGUUCAUAUUUGAUAUCGCAUAAAGAUUCCUUUUAUGACCGUGCUACGUUGACGCAAUUGUUGUGUAUGAUGUCCGAUGGUAUUGAACAAUUUGAUAUUCCACCUCCUGCUAUUAUGAAGCCGUAUUAUUUAUGGACUGGUAAACAAGUUUUUUCACUACUGAUAAAGCCGAGUCAUAAAUCCCCAGUUGUUAUUAACCUAGACGCAAAGAACAAAGUCUUUGUUCCCCCAAAAUCAAAAUCCUUACCGAGUGAAAUGUCCCAAAAUGAUGGGUUCGUAGUUAUUAGAGGUUCACAAAUUUUGAGUGGGGUAAUGGAUAAAUCUGUCUUAGGUGACGGUAAAAAGCAUUCUGUGUUCUAUACAAUACUAAGAGACUAUGGUCCCCAAGAGGCCGCUAAUGCCAUGAAUAGAAUGGCAAAAUUGUGCGCAAGAUUUUUGGGUAACAGGGGGUUUUCUAUUGGUAUUAAUGACGUUACACCUGCAGAUGAUUUAAAGCAAAAGAAGGAAGAGCUGGUAGAGAUCGCGUAUCGUAAGUGUGAUGAGUUAAUCACUUUAUUCAAUAAGGGUGAAUUAGAAACGCAACCUGGUUGUAAUGAAGAACAAACUUUGGAAGCUAAGAUUGGUGGGUUCUUAUCAAAGGUUAGAGAAGAAGUCGGUGAUGUGUGUAUUAAUGAAUUGGAUAAUUGGAAUGCGCCAUUAAUUAUGGCGACGUGUGGUUCUAAAGGUUCCACAUUAAAUGUGUCACAAAUGGUGGCUGUUGUGGGUCAACAAAUUAUUUCUGGUAACCGUGUUCCUGAUGGGUUUCAAGAUCGUUCCUUACCACAUUUUCCCAAGAAUUCAAAAACGCCACAAUCCAAAGGGUUUGUCAGGAAUUCUUUCUUUUCAGGUUUAUCUCCUCCAGAAUUUCUGUUUCAUGCCAUUUCCGGUCGUGAAGGUUUAGUCGAUACAGCUGUCAAAACCGCAGAGACUGGUUACAUGUCUCGUAGAUUAAUGAAAUCUUUAGAAGAUUUAUCCUGUCAAUAUGAUAACACAGUCAGGACCUCAGCCAAUGGUAUUGUCCAGUUUACAUAUGGUGGGGAUGGUUUGGAUCCACUAGAAAUGGAAGGCAACGCUCAACCAGUGAAUUUCAAUAGAAGUUGGGACCACGCAUACAAUAUUACUUUUAAUAACCAAGAUGAAGGUUUAUUACCAUACGCCAUUAUGAAUACCGCAAACAAAAUAUUGAUGCCACUAGAAGACAGACUAGUUAGAUAUGAUAACAGAGGAUUUUUGGUUAAGGACGAAGACAAGGACAAAGCAGAACAUGUCGACCAGUAUGAUGCCGAAAGAGAUUUUUACCGUUCACUAAGGGAGUAUAUUAACCUGAAAGCCACUGCUUUGGCUAAUUUAAGAAAAUCUAGAGGAAUGCUAGAAUUAGUGGAUGCUCCACCUACAGAAUUACAAGGUAUGGAUCCAGAUGAAGCCGUUCCACAAAAUGUUAGAACUUCUGUGAGCCAACUAUAUAGAAUUAGUGAACAAUCGGUGAAAAAGUUUUUGGAGAUUGCCCUUUUCAAAUACCGUAAAGCUAGGCUUGAGCCAGGUACUGCCAUUGGUGCCAUUGGCGCUCAAUCCAUCGGUGAGCCAGGUACGCAAAUGACAUUAAAGACUUUUCAUUUCGCUGGUGUUGCUUCCAUGAAUGUCACGUUAGGUGUGCCUCGUAUUAAGGAAAUUAUUAAUGCUUCUAAGGUUAUUUCUACUCCUAUUAUCAAUGCCGUACUAGUCAAUGAUAACGAUGAAAGAGCUGCCAGAGUUGUUAAAGGUAGAGUGGAGAAGACAUUGUUAUCCGAUGUUGCCUAUUACGUCCAAGAUGUUUACAAAGAUAACUUAUCAUUUAUCCAGGUGCGUAUCGAUUUAGGCACCAUUGACAAACUGCAAUUGGAAUUGACGAUAGAAGAUAUCGCAGUUGCAAUAACCAGAGCUUCCAAGCUAAAAAUACAGGCGCCUGAUGUCAAUAUUAUUGGGAAAGACAAAAUCGCAAUUAACGUGUUCCCAGAGGGAUACAAAGCAAAGUCCAUAUCUACGUCAGCGAAAGAACCAAGUGAAAAUGACGUUUUCUACAGAAUGCAACAGCUACGUCGUGCUCUACCUGAUGUUGUUGUGAAAGGUUUAGCUGACAUAUCCCGUGCGGUUAUUAAUAUUCGCGAUGACGGCAAAAGAGAACUGUUAGUAGAAGGUUACGGACUGCGAGAUGUCAUGUGCACAGACGGUGUUAUUGGUUCUAAGACUACAACUAAUCAUAUUUUGGAAGUUUUUUCCGUCCUUGGUAUUGAAGCUGCAAGAUACAGUAUCGUUAGGGAAAUCAACUAUACUAUGAGUAAUCACGGUAUGAGUGUCGACCCACGUCACAUUCAAUUGCUGGGUGAUGUGAUGACAUAUAAAGGUGAAGUUCUAGGUAUUACAAGAUUUGGUUUGAGUAAAAUGAGAGAUUCUGUUUUACAGUUAGCCUCCUUUGAAAAGACAACAGAUCAUUUAUUCGACGCCGCCUUUUAUAUGAAAAAGGAUGCUGUCGAAGGUGUUUCUGAAUGUAUCAUUUUGGGUCAAACUAUGUCAAUCGGUACCGGUUCAUUCAAAGUCAUCAAAGGUACCAACAUUUCUGAAAAAGACUUGAUGCCAAAGCCAUGUUUGUUUGAAAGUUUGUCCAAUGAAGCAGCUUUGAAAGCUAACUAG